AUGCCCCCCAGAAUACCGGCGCUGCCACGCCUAGGCUCAUUGAACCUCUGCCUCCGACCCGCUACGAAGCCCGCUACACCCAACUUCCUACCCAUCAUCCAGACGGCCAACCUCUCCCAGCGUGAGAAGAAGCGCAAGGCGAAGCAAGACCCUUACCGAUGGGCUCAGGCUCAACAACGAAAAGCCGCCAAUGUGCAAAGGCGUGAGGAGCUCUCUCGUGAGCGAGAUGAGGCUUGGGGUGAUCCUAUCAAGGGACAGACAACACCCUUCAUAGAGUCUCUCGAAUCAGCCGGCCAGAAAGCCACUCGCGAAGCUGCCGAGGCUGCUAGCAACGAAGCCGCCUCUACCCAGGAGCUACCAAUAUCUCCGGAGCUGCGAAAUUACUUCCUUACCAACUCGGAACUCGAAGAGGCCGUCAAGCACGCAUACACUCUCACCAAACCCAUGAUUGGCGUAGUCGAGUCGCAGAUGGAGCCCGGAAGCGGAGAGGACAAGAAGAAGGAGCACGAGGAACGGCAUGAGAAGGCUAUCGAGGCUCUGCGCCGUAUCACAGCCCUCAACAACAGCAGCGCAAGGGACCGAUUCCACGCCAACGUCCGACGCAUUGUCGAUGAGUUUGGCCGCCACAACACUGAUAAGACGCUAACGCCCAAGCCCAAGUCAAUUCAUCCCAACACAGUCCCCAUGCCCGGUCGAUCUGGUCCUGAUACCGGCAGCUCUGAAGUCCAGAUUGCCAUCUUGACGACUAAGAUCCACAACCUCUCUCAGGCCCUGCAGAUCAACCGAGGAUACAAAGAUAAGCAUAACAAGCGUAACCUGAGAUUGUUGAUGCAUCGAAGGCAGAAGCUUAUGAAGUACAUGGACCGCAAGGAGAGGGGAAGUGAGCGAUGGACUCACAUGGUCGAGAAGCUGGGCCUUACACCCGCGACCUGGAAGGACCAGAUCUCACUAUAA